AUGUCUGAAACGGUUAUGGCUGGCAUUUUACUUGCAAAUGGCCCGACUCGCCUGAAGAGCAGGAUCCUUGUGCGAAACCUUCCGCCGAAUUGCAGCCGCGUAGAGCUGGCUAAAGUGUGCGAAUGUUUUGGCAAAAUUCUUGGCUCGCGGAUCGAUGGAACCGAGGGCUUUGUUCAGUUUGCCAGCGAGAGUGAGGCCGAGAACGCCAUCGAGGCACUGGACAAAUCCUACUUCAAAUCGCACCUCCUCGAUGUCUCGAAUGCAAGCUACCGAUCCCAAAAGGAAAGAACCCAAGACCUACCCCUAGCGCUAAGUUUAAAGAGUGCGAAUGCGAGGCAUCUCUAG